AUGCUUCGGCGGCUACGGACACUAGGUUUGCUUCUGCUGCUGCUGGUGGUGUGGUUCCCCGUCAGAGCAGAGGCGAAUCGGAGUUGUAUUCGGCCCAAUGGCGACCCGGGACGGUGUGUGGCCGCGGCGGACUGUAAAGAGAUCGACAGCCUGCUACGACAGACCGUGCUGUACCCGGCCCAGCUAGAGCUGAUAACAUCCGUCAGUAAGGCGUGUGAAGGGAGUUCCCCUACUGAUGAUUCCUAUUGCUGCACCGCAGCACCGCUUGGGACAACAGCGGCACCAACAAGAAGACCCACCAGAAGGAGGACAAUCCCAUCGAGGGCUACGACAACGAGAAGGAGAACAACAGCCACAACUCCAUCGACUACUACUACCACGACGGUGGCACCGACUACGAAAACAACACGCGUUCUCCCGGGUCCUGGUCAGUUCAUGAGGCUGCUACCGGAACGCUGCGGGGAACGGACACCCUCAAAUCACAUCAUCAGCUCACAGGAAGAUGACGAUCACACGUACAAGUGGGCCGUGUUUGUGAGGAUUCAAAAGGACCCAACGCGAAACGUGACACGCUGCACCGGGACACUGAUCACCCAGUUGUACGUCCUGACGGCGGCCCACUGUAUGUAUCACCUGGAGCCGGAACAUGUCACCCUGUACCUGGGUUUGUUCGAUUUGCGCGAAUUGGGCGAUUGUAUGAGGAGUGGCCAGUGUCAAGAGCGCCGAACCACCGAGCUGGUGACCCACGAGGCGUACACGACACGGUACAAUCUGAACGAUAUAUCGCUUCUCCGGAUGGACCGGCCGGUGGAAAACUCGGAUUACAUUCAACCCAUUUGCCUGCCGUUGAAUCACACGUACGAUGAGGCCAUUCAGUCGCAGGUAUUUUCGUAUGGCUGGGGAUCAACUAGCACCGAUGGCCGUGAUGGAGAGAUGAGUGACACCAAGCGGAUGGUGGGCCUGUACGUUGUCUCGCGGGACAAUUGCUCGCAGGCCCUGCGGCAGCAUCUGCAAGGUGGACAGAUUCCCGCGAGCCAACUGUGCACGGUGGGCGAUGGUCUGGAGGACGUGUGCAGCGGUGACUCCGGGGCACCGAUCAUCGAGCUGCGCCACCCGCGAUACUACAUAGCCGGGGUGGUCAGUUAUGGGCCAAAGUGUGGCAUGAAGCGGGCGCCGGGAGUUUCGACCCGCAUUUCGGAAUACGUCGAUUGGAUACUGACCAGCCUGAAGGAGUAGCUGGAUCCACCAGCGAAGGACCCUCACCGAUAUCGAGAAAUCUUAAUUCCGUAUCCAAAUAAAAUAACUCCCG